AUGGGUACCACAAAUGUCCCCGUCCUGCCGUCUACUAGUCCACGAGAACUCAAAAUGCACGACUGUCUCAUUGAAGUGACCCGUUUCGAAGGUGACCAGUCAGCUGUCUUCUGGCUUGGAGGCUACUUAGACGACAAAACACGCAUCAACGCAGACGGAACUUUCGACCACACCAUGCUGAGCUAUGAUGAUUUCGAACAGGACCUGAUGGAUCACCUGAGUUACGACUCUCACGAAGACGAUCUUCGAUGGGAUCACAACAGUCCUUCUCAGCCUCGGGUAAACUCCGAGGAGCCUCCGGCUUAUUCGGUCAGAACAUACAACACCUGGGUGGCUGCUCUUUUUGCCAUGCAAUAUGCUUGCUCCGGCCUGGUCAACUCUGGUGUCCAGCCUACCGCCACUGCAAGUUCUCCUAUCAUGACAGCUCGCUUCACUAUCGUGUAA